AUGGAGGCUCCGAGUCGCUUCUUGGCGCGUUUGCCCCGCACGCGCGAGGCCGCGCGUCCGCCCGUGCGCGAGCAUUUGGUCGCUGCAGGCCAAUCGAGUGCAGGCGAGCGCGUGUGUAUCAGCAUAAGCAGCGGAGACGAGGACGAGGACGAGGAAGUAGCGGUGCUGCAGCCACCGGCCGAAGCGCUAACGGCUAUGAAGGACAGUGCGAAGCCUGAGGUGGUGACGAUCGACUGCUGUAGUGAGGACGAGGAGGAAGAAGAAGAAGAGGAGAUGGAAGUGACGAAAAGAGACGACGGGGAGAAGCCUGUGCAAGUCAAGAGGAGGCUGCAAGUGCUGGAGCUGGACGAGGAUGACGAGGACAAAGACGUGGUGGUCAACGAGAAGAAGACGGAGGAGAUUGUGGUGGAUGAAUCUGUGAUGGAGCAGCAGCAGGAAACGAAGGAGAAGCAGCAGAAAGUUGCAGCGCGGCAAGAACUAGACAAUGUCCAGAAUAAGUACCGCGCGAUCAGGGUACGGAAGCGGCGCCUUGGGGAAGAAGAUGCAGCGUUUUUGCUGUUUUACGGAACUCGCAAGACGCCCAGUGCUAGUGUCCUGCGGCUGCUUAUUGAGCUCAUUGCAGCAGGUCUGGGCUCGUCGAGUGAUUUUUAUACCAAAUUUGUCAAGUACUUGCUCUGGCGCAAGCUGAGCUCGGCCGUGGAGGCAGGACUGGAGAGCGAACGUUUUGUGCAAUCCGAAUGGACCAAAAUCGUGUUCAGUUGCCCCAUGCCUCCGCAUCGUCGAAGGUCUGGCCCCAUGACUUGUCCGACGUUGCUGCCACGUCCCGUUACGCUAACAGUGCGGCCGUGUCAAUACGUGCGGCAACGCCACAACGCUUGCACAGCUAAUAGUAGUGGGAAGACCACUACCAAGCAGCGAGUGUUGUCUAUACGUGCACCAUCUCAGGAGGCCGUGGUGGGUGUAGCAAACGACUUAGCGGGGAAUGGAGUCCAGCCCAGAGCAAAGAGUCCCAUCAAGAGCACGAAGACAGUGCAGUCAAAGUCUCCUAGAGGCGAGGUGCGCAAGCGUCCGCGCAGUGCAGCAUUUAACAAUGGUAUCGCUACUUGCGAUAAACCUACCACGUUCUCGCCACGCAAGCAUCAGCGAGGUAGCGGCAAUGUAGGUGCGUUACCCGUGACGUCACUCCAAGCUGUGAAUGCCGAGAGUCCGAGUGGUCAUAGAGUCUGUCCGAAGCUUAGCGAACCUUUGCCGUUGGAUUGUCGAACGCUUGGUGACAACCGGAGCUUACCUGACGGGUGGUGCGCGUCUAGUCGUGAUGGAAAGGAGCAUACAAGUGAGGGAAACAAACUUACGGAGAAUGUCGUGACGGUGGAUCCGAUGCUUCAGAUGACAGUAGACGAGAUUGCACGACAUAUUGCAUCUCUUCGUCGGGAAGGCCGCAUCAAGAGUUUUGACAGAGUGACAGAUAUUCUAUUGAAGCUCAUGUCUGAUCCGCGGAAUCGUCAUGGCGUGUUCAACACACCAGUGGAUCCCGUGGCUCUGAACUUGCCUACGUACACAUCAAUUGUGCAACGCCCGAUGGAUCUUGGCACCAUCAAGCGCAAUAUCGCCGCCGGAGAAUAUCUCGAGCUGGACGAUUUCGUCUCUGACGUCCGAUUAGUGUUUGAGAAUGCAAUGCUGUUCAACCCUGAGUCACAUUAUAUCCAUGUGGACGCUGGACUGUUGCUGCAGCGCUUCAACGAAUCAGUAAAGGCCGAACAGACUCGAGAGACAAAGCGACUAAGCGCACAACAUGCCUGUCUGGUGUGUCGGGGGAAUACCUGCAUUGUGUGCCAACAGCGGUGCUUGGAAGUUACUCAGCCGAAUCUACAGUGCUCAGCUGGCUGCAGCACCGAGAUCCGUAAGGGCUCGGUAUAUUUCAUUUCGGAGGACGGCACGCGCGUUUAUUGCCACAGGUGCAAAAGUCGUUUAUCUCGACCCCAUGCACAUGAUGAUCUUACGGCUUCGUUGCUGGACUCUCUCAUCAAGAAAAAGUGCGAGCCCAGUGUGGAGCCUUGGGUAAAGUGCGGCGAGUGCGAUCGGUGGCUACAUCAAGUGUGUGGAUUAUAUAACCCUGUGAUCGGGGCUUACGAGUCUCAGAAGACCUCGAGCACGGCUUCUGAUGGUUUGCCUCUCAAAGCAUAUUCGUACGUGUGCCCGCUGUGCCGAUGCCGGCGCGAGCGCGCUACUCCACUACAUGGGUCACCCGUGCGCAGAAUCUUGCACCCUGGUCCCGGUGGACACGCUCCGAACAGCUCGAGUCUCAACAUCCCGAGUUGUGAACUCAGCAUAUUUAUUCAAGACUUUUUACGCAGUGGGCUGGACAAAGCUGGCGAGCACGAUGCAGCUCGAACAUUGUACGUCCGUGCCCUAUCAUUUCCAGGCGAACACAUGGCUGUUCCAGAGAUAGUGGUGCGAGCAUUUGAUGAGAACGCGGACCGUCUAGCUCGGAUGCGCCCUGGCACGGAUACUAGUUCGCAGCGGAUACCUGCUCGAAUCAGCUAUCUCUCUCGCGGGCUGUAUCUGUUUCAGAAGCACGAAGGAGUGGAGAUUUGUCUUUUCACGAUCUACGCUCAAGAAUACGGCGAUAAUUGCGAACUGGAAGCGAAUCGGCGUGCCGUAUAUAUUGCCUACCUGGACAGUGUUCGUUAUUUGAAGCCUGCAAGUGCACGGACGCUGGCCUACCACCUGAUUUUGCUGGCUUACUUCGACUAUGUGCGGCGGCACGGCUUCUCUCGUGUGCACAUAUGGUCAUGUCCACCGCAGAGACGGAUUAGCUACGUGUUUUGGUGCCGUCCAGCGUUUCAAAAGACCCCGAACGCCGAGCAUUUGCGCCAGUGGUACAACAAGCUGCUCCUCAAAGCGAAGGACGGUGGGAUUGUCAAAGCCUGGUCUACGCUCUAUGAUCGGUAUUUCAGUGAAAGCGUCUGCAGUCACCCUACACGCGGCGAUUCGACUCGUCCAGCUUCUUUCGUGUCAAUGAAAGAAGAGAAUGGCACGGGUGUGUCAACCCGUGGCACAACAGUGCAGUCCGUCGAUGCGGACGAACUCGUUUGGCCAGCAGAUCGGGCUCCGCCAAUUUUUGACGGGGACAUCAUUCCAGCCGAGUUAGAGCGAGUGAUCGGUCGGAUUCUUUCACGAACCGAUAAGCAAAAGAGGCGAUCUGGCGACAAGAAGAAGGUUGCUGCUGCUUGCGGGAAUGCUAGCGAGUCCGCGGACGGCGACGGUAAAGCUGCAUUCGGCGGUGCGUGUGCACGCAUCAAGAAGGAAGUUCCCGGUGCAUCACUUGUAGCACCGACAUCGCUUCAAGUCGAUGCAAAGGUGCGCGAGGUGUUUUACAAAUGCCAGUUCGCUAUUCAACGACUGAAACAGGACUUGCUGGUGGUUGAUUUAGAAGGUAUGGACCACGUCGACGAGGCGACUGGUGGAAGUGUGUUGGCGAAACCACGAGCGAAGGGGUGUCACCCAGAGUCACUAGUGCCUUCUUGGCACGAACAGGUCCCGCGCUUUUUCGGCAGUCGCUUCAUGUUUCACCAGCUGUGUUCGUACGCCGGCUACCAAUUCGACUCGCUGCGCCGCGCCAAGCACUCGACUAUGAUGAUACUGCACCACUACUUCAACGAACAGGUCGCGCAGGUCAAUGUGUUUUGCCGGGAGUGCAGUUUCCUCAUCACGCGCGCGGAAGUCUGGUCGUGUCGAAGCUGCACGCGCUAUGCGCUAUGCGAUACCUGCUACCGGCGUCAUGGGAGCAAACAUCCGCACCAAUUGAUCUUUGGACCUGCUCCGCUCCGGCUGCCGGAGAUGCAGCUGCAGCGUUUCGAGCACGGACCAGCAGCUCCUGCAGCACAGCCAGCGCCAGAGCGACUUGGAUUGAUUCGAGCGAGUUUGACUUGCAAAGUUGGCACUGACGGUGCAGUUGUCGACGACGGCCAACGUCUGUGA